GAAAUAUGCUUAGCCAUCUUUGGUCUAAGCAUCGAAUUGAUAAAGACCAUCCUGAGGGAACCAACACUAAUGACUCAAUUAUCAAGGCUAUGCAUAUUAUUACAAAGCGGAGACAAGAAAAAAUAGCCCCCGAAUUUCAAAUUCCUUAUGAAAAAACUGUGAAAAAAAUGAUUGAUAAGGCUUAUAAUUGGAGUCGUGAUCAAUUAUUUGGUAUAAUAAAUAUAGAUGGCAGAUAUGUUAAUCUGAUGACAGAUUUAUGGAGCUCAAAAACCAAUCAAGCAUAUAUUGGGGUCACAGUAACAUGGAUCAAUUCAAAUUUUGAAUUAAAAGAAGCUUUAUUAACAAUACAACUACUUCCAUCACCACAUACAGCUGAAGCUAUUGAAGAUUCCCUAAAUCAAGUUAUUACUAAUUGGGGACUCACUGGCCCAUACACUUCAACUGAGUAUGCACAAGAAAAAUGUAGAUAUCCAAAGAUUUAUCAAACAAUCGAUGAUGUGCCAACAAGAUGGAACUCCUCAUACUUGGCUUGGGUCCAGCUUAAAGAACUACAAAAAGCAAUUGAUUAUCUUGUUUUAAUGUUGCCUUCAGAAUCAAAACGCUGUGACAGACUUGACGGCGAAUAUUUAAAAUUAAUAAAUCUAACUAAAACUGAAUGGCGAUUGUUAGAUAAUCUUAUUUCAUUAUUAAAGCCAUUCUAUGAGGCCACUAAUAUAUUUUCUGGUUCAAACUAUCCUACUCUUAACCUUAUUUAUCCAACAAUGAGAUUGCUUAUUAAGAAGUUUGCACCUUCUUAUGAACAAAGCAAAGAUGACUAUGCCGAUUUAUUAUUUGAACCUAUUAAUAGGCAUGAAGAUGAUCCUGAAUCUGAUAUAGAAAAUAAAUUUGAUACACUAGUGAGUUCGGAACAACUUCAACAACCAUUACAAGCAGCACAAGGACGAAGAAACAAACAUGACCAUAGCAAAGUCAAAAAAAGUACAUAUAAUGAUUCACGAUUUAAAGGUCGUCAGUUAAUUGAAACACCUAUUACUAAUGAAGGUUUAUGUGAUCUGGUUAAGGCUGCAUGUUUCCUUUCUCUUAAAGAAUAUUGGGAGGUUCCUAAGAAAAUUGGGCUUGUAGCAUCGUUUUUGGACCCACGAAUUAAAAGUUUGAAAUUUCUUGGUGAUAAAACAAUAAAGGCGACAACAAUUGAUACAGUACGAACACUUUGUAUUGAGGAAGAUAAUCAUCAACCUUCAGUUAGGCUUGAUGAGCUAUUUAAAACUCCAGAUCGUGAACCUGCAACAACUAAUAGCUUAAUUGCAGCUUUAUAUAGUAAUGAAGAAUUGAAUAAUGAAAUUUAUAAUGAGACCAAAGUUGAUUGUUAUCUUCGUGAACCUAUUGAGAAAAGGGGCUGUGAUCCAUUAACAUGUCGAGCAAAUGAUGUUUCUCAAACGCAACAUGCAGCACUUUCCUAUUUUCAAGCUGGAUGA